UUUAAAUUAAAAAAAAAAAAGAAAGAAGGUUCUCUUCAACCGUUCAACGUCCAGCAGCAGUGUGCAGUCAACUUCACCCUCAACAGGCGCCAUAGCCAAGCACUCUCCUCCGUCACUUUCACUUCCAAUCGCUGCUCCGACAACCCACAGAACACCAAAAAUGGAGAAGAGCAAGGUCCUGAUAAUCGGAGCGACGGGGAAUCUCGGCCACCAUUUGGCCGAAUGCAGCCUCCGUUUCUCUCACCCAACUUUCGCCCUCGUCAGAGCCUCCGCCUUCUCCGACCCCCUCAAGUCCCAGAAGCUCCAUUCCCUCUCCAAUGCCGGCGUCACCCUCCUCACAGGUUCGCUUGAAGACGAAGCCAGCCUCGUCGAAGCCGUGAAGCUUGUCGACAUCGUAAUUUGCGCCGUCGCGACGAAGGAUGUGAUGUUGCAGAAGCCCUUAAUUCGAAUCAUCGCAGAAUCUGGACGAAUCAAGAGGUUUGUUCCGGCGGAAUUCGGAUGCGAUCCUGACAAAACUCGCGUAUCGGAUCUCGAUCACGAUUUCUAUUCGAAGAAAUCGGAGAUUCGACGAUUGAUUGAAGCUCAAGGCAUUCCAUACACGUCCAUCUCGUGCAAUUUCUACAUGAGUCUUUUUCUUCCUUCGCUUCUUCAGCCCGGUCGAAGCUCUCCUCCCAGGGAUAAAGUCACUAUUUUUGGCCAUGGAAAUGUCAAAGGUGUUUUUGUGAAGGGAAAAGAUGUGGCUGCCUUCACGAUCAAGACAGUGGAUGACCCGCGAACGUUGAACAAAGUUUUGUAUUUGAGGCCUCCUGGGAAUGUCUACUCCAUGAAUGAGCUGGUCCAGAUUUGGGAGAGCAAAAUUGGGAAGAAGCUUGAAAGGGUUUUUGUCUCGGAGCAGGAGCUUCUUCAGAGGAUUCAUGAGACUCCGUAUCCUGACCGCAUGGAGAUGGUUUUCAUAUAUUCUGGUUUCGUUAAAGGAGAUCAUACAUACUUUGAUAUUGAGUCGUCAGGGGGUGUAGAGGGGACCAAACUGUAUCCGGAACUGAAAUACACGACAAUCAGUGAAUAUUUGGACACCCUUGUGUAACAAAUCUUACCGAAGUAUUCAGCGUCACUGCAGAACUAAGCAGAGAACAAACUAAGAUUCUUUGUCCACCUUAUUAUUGGACUUUCCAAAAGUAUUCUUGAUGAUUUAUAGACUUGCUGCUCUUCACCUUUAUCUUUUGGUUC